AUGAAUUAUCAGCGCCCGCCCAUAUCAGCGGGUGCUAAUACCACACCUUCGAAUAGGUCGUCGCAGUCCACCACACAGACGUCAGAACAAGAGAAUGGAAGCAGUGGUGGUGGAAAGGACUUUUUGACGCCCAAAAGCACGGCCAAAAUGCCCAAGAACUCCAUCAGAACACCCAAGAGUAGCGUCAAGACACACCAGGCCAAGCGAUCCUUCAACUACCACCUGUCGUCAAACCAGUUAGACUAUUUUACAAAUAACCAUUUUUCCCGGUCGUUCAACUCGUUGAUUUUGGACGAUAUUAAGGACGAGUUGGCGGCCAGUAGUAAGAAACCCAUCAAUAAAUCACCACCUUUUAAUGUGAAACAUGAUUAUUACGAUGAUAACGACUCGAUUAACGAUUGCAUAGAGGAUGAGGACGAACCCGUGGCUUAUGGUUCGGAUAUUAACGACACAAGGGCCGAUGAUGAUGGUACCAACGACUUCGAACACAGUCAGACUUACCAAUCGCCCACCUUGAAGGAAAUCAAGCCCAAAAAACUUUUCAGACGCGAGGGAGCCCACAACGAUUCAAUGGAGCCGGAUGCAUCUUCCAGCUCACAACAAUCGUCUAUUAAGCGGUCUUUUAAGUUCCUCAACUUGUCGAUAGACUCCUCCAACAAGGCCCUUGAUUUAUAUAGUACGGGUAACAAUAAGAUUUUAGAAGAUGACGUCGACUACAUCAGUGAUUUGAACGAAAUAGGAGCGCCGUUGGAUAAAAGUCCUGUCGCAUCCAAAUAUGAUGUCCAGACUGCAACCCAUAGUCCUAUUGAUACCUACAGUCCUCGUGAAAGCAAGACUCCGCUUAACAAAUUUAAGCGUCCGCAUCAGUUAGUGAGUCAAUCUCCAUCCCCAAGCACGCUGAAGUACUUGACAUCUAAGCAUUCAUUCUAUACCCAAAACCAGCAUCAUAGUCAAAAUGAAUCACUUUCGAAUUCUAUAUCCAAUUCAAUUCAAACUUCGCUACCUAACUCGGGUAGCAAUUCAUUUUUGAAUUUGAAUUCGUAUUUUAAUUCCAACUCGAUAACGGUUAAUGUUGAUCAAGCUCCAUCUACCACAUCGGCACCUCCAUCUACUUUGAAUAAGACCAGUGUAUAUUCACCAUCUAAGUUGGGAGGAAAGGGGUUUAAAAUGUUCAAGAAUGCCGAGAAGAAUGCUAUAAUUUCACCUAAUCGUUCCAUAAGCCGUCCAGAAUUUAGUAAUCCAGAAAUACCGAAUCAUGAAGUGAAUCCGGAUAAUGAUUUGACUCGUCCGAGCACAUCCUUGGGAAUAUUUGAAUCAAGCAAACUCUUAUCGCUGUCCGCAUCUUAUAAACAAGCGAUACGAUCUAAAAAGUUAAUCCCAACUAGUAAUAAGUUAAGAAAAACAAACAGCAUAAAGAGUCCCUUUACUGCAACGGACCUGCUUCCGAACUAUUCAUCCAAUUUAGGUUUUGAAUAUUACAACUUAGACAACUUGGAUAUAAUGGAUUUGGAAGACGAUAGUCCUUCGAAAACUAAGAAAAUCCCAAAAUCAGCUUCAGCAAAUAGUGCAACUAGUGCAAUUCAAAUUCACCAAGAUACGGAGGCUGAGUUGCUAAAGAAUAGGAAGAAACUAAAAAACUACGAAUUAAAUAAAGACCCCUUGUAUAACGAUGACAAAGAAAAUGAUGCCAGCUCAAAGAAUCUCCUGAAGAAGGCAUCAUAUCAAUUUGUUAAACCGUUACAGACAGCAUUUAGGUCAACAGGCUUAGUAAAAAAGAAUUCGGUUAACCACAACCUCAAUGACGCUAGUCAAAGAAAAUUACCUCCAGAAACACCAAUAAAGAGACAUCCAAUGGCACCAUUGGAUACUGCUAGUACUAACAUUCAUAAUACUUCUCCAAUCGGAAAUAGUAAUAUUAAGGAAUUUAAAGCGUCUACUUUAAGUAACGUGGUUUCCUCUGCCCACGACGAAACAAAUACAUUUGAUGAUAAUCUGGAAUUAUCGAUCGAAGUAGGUAGAAAUGUUUCGCAAGUUUCCAAUAAUGAUUCGAGCACAAGUUUCUUCAAGAUUUCUUCUGCACAAGGCUCAAGCAAGAACCUUCUGUUGAAUACAGAUAAUGACUUGGAUAUUGACUUAGAGUUAGAUGAUAUAAUACCUGAAACACCAACCAAGUCGGUGAAGAAAUCGCAUUCUAUUCCCGCAAAUUUUAGCCCUAUAUCAUAUAAUAAUUUGUCCUCUGUUAACGCAACAAAGACGAAAUUGGAUAGUUUGAAGAAAUCCAAACACUUGAACAUUGAACCUUCUACACCAAGAUAUCAUUUGCAUAACACAUCUUUAAACAUCGGCAAGUCUUCAUCGUCAUCUAACAUGCUCGAAUCAAUAAGCUCAUCUCAACAGACGCUUUGUAACGAGAUAUCUGAACCAACGAGAGUAGACGAUCACCUUAUGAACAAAUUUGGAAUGAAGAAUAUUAAAUAUUUAGGUUCUGGAGAGUUUUCAAUAGCGUAUGAAUGUUCAUUCCAAGAUCAAAAGUUUGCUAUUAAGAAAACUAAAAAGCCAGUUUAUGGUAAAUUGGAAAGGAGCGCUAUUAUUAGAGAAAUUGAAGCUUUAAGAGUUUUGAGUUCGGUGAAAGACAACGAAAUGGUUAACUUGCAGGAGCAAGAUGAAGGAAAAGAAAACUUAGUAUAUUUCAUCGAGGCUUGGGAUUUCAAUAACUACUUCUACAUUAUGACCGAGUAUUGUGAAGGUGGUACUUUAUUCGACUUUUUAGAAGAACAUAAGAAUUACAAACUUGAUGAAUUUAGAAUUUGGAAAAUUCUAAUUGAAAUAUUAAAUGGGCUAAAAUUCAUUCAUCUGAAAAAUUAUUUACAUCUUGAUUUAAAACCAGCUAACAUUUUUAUAACAUUCGAAGGGUAUUUGAAGAUAGGAGAUUUUGGAUUGGCAACGAAAUUGCCAAUAUUAGAAAAAGAUUUCGAUCUAGAAGGUGACAGAAACUACAUUGCCCCUGAAUUGAUUAACGAUAAAAUUUAUACUCCCUUCGCUGAUAUAUUCAGUGUCGGGUUAAUUAUUCUAGAAAUUGCUGCAAACAUAAUAUUACCAGAUAAUGGCUCGCCAUGGAGGAAAUUGAGAAGUGGUGACUUAUCCGAUGCCGGGAAAUUAUCUAGUGAUAAUAUAAGUGAUUUCUUGCAACACCAAAACUUCUCUUCAUUAACGUCUUAUAAUUCAUCGGAUUCUUUGUUGCAUCACAGUCACUUACAGCAUAAGCAAUACCAACACCUACAGAAUCAUCAUCAGCAUCAUCAAUUAUUCAGGAAAAUUGAUGUGAAGCACCUCAUACCAUCUUGGGCGCCAGAGUUCUUGGUAUCAAAAGAUACUAAUAGCUUAGAUAAAUUGGUGAGCAACAUGCUUAAGCCAAACCCAUUCGACAGGCCGAAUACCAAGAUGAUAUUGGAAAGUGAAGAGUGUACAAUCAUAGAAAAUAGAAGGAAGGCCGGUGCCACGAUCUUUGAGGGUGAAUUUGGGCCAGGUGAUGAUGAUUAG